CUCCCAUACUCAUUGACUAAAAAGGAAAGGCAAAGUCUAGUAAGUAGUAACUGCAGCUUUCAGCCCACGUUUUCUGAUCAGUCUCUAGUAAUGGAAUAUCAGUAUCUAUUGGGAGGAGUCAUUGCUUCUGUUUUUGUUUGGGGGUUACUUUUAGCUUUUCAUGCAAAAGGAAGGAAAAAGGUUAGAGUUUCAAUGGAUAUUCCAAGGGACAGUACUUUGAAAAGCUCUGAAAAUGGAAUGAGCUGGGCACGCAAUCCUGAAAGCACAGAUAUAAUCAUUGUUGGUGCUGGUGUUGCCGGUUCAGCUCUUGCUUACACUCUUGGAAAGGAUGGUCGCAGAGUACACGUAAUUGAAAGAGACUUGACAGAGCCUGACAGAAUUGUUGGAGAACUCCUACAACCUGGAGGUUACCUGAAAUUAAUUGAAUUGGGCCUUGAAGACUGUGUGAGUGACAUUGAUGCUCAAAGAGUGCUUGGAUAUGCGAUCUUCAAAGAUGGGAAAAGUACCAAACUAUCAUAUCCCUUAGAGAACUUUCCUUCAGAUGUUGCUGGAAGAAGCUUUCAUCAUGGCCGUUUUAUUCAGAAAAUGCGAGAGAAAGCUGCAACUCUUUCCAAUGUCAAACUGGAACAAGGAACUGUAACAUCUCUGCUGAAAGAAAACGGAGCUAUCAAAGGAGUUCAGUACAAAACCAGGGUAGGUCAAGAGUUGACAGCAUAUGCUCCAUUAACAAUAGUCUGCGAUGGCUGUUUUUCAAAUCUGCGGCAGUCCCUUUGCAAUCCCAAGGUUGAAAUCCCAUCCUGUUUUGUUGGUUUGGUGCUGGAGAACUGCAACCUUCCAUAUGCAAAUCAUGGACAUGUUGUUCUAGCCGACCCAUCUCCAAUCUUGUUUUAUCCUCUUAGUGAUACAGAGAUUCGCUGUUUGGUAGAUGUUCCUGGACAGAAAGUACCUUCUGUUUCUAAUGGCGAGAUGUCUCACUAUCUGAAAAAUACAAUAGCUCCUCAGAUUCCUCCUGAGCUACAUGAUGCUUUCAUUUCUGCAAUUGACAAAGGGGGCAUGAGAACAAUGACAAACAGAAGCAUGCCAGCUUCUCCUUACCCUACUCCAGGUGCACUUUUAAUGGGAGAUGCAUUCAACAUGAGGCAUCCCUUAACUGGAGGAGGAAUGACUGUGGCUCUAUCAGACAUUGUGCUAGUACGUGACCUUCUUCGACCUCUGAACAAUCUCAAUGAUGCGUCUUCCCUUUGCAAAUAUCUCGAGUCCUUCUACACACUGCGUAAGCCUGUGGCAUCUACCAUUAACACAUUGGCAGGUGCCCUGUACAAGGUGUUUAGCGCAUCACCUGAUCCAGCUAGAAACGAAAUGCGCCAAGCAUGUUUCGAAUACUUGAGCCUUGGAGGAGUAUUUUCGAAAGGGCCAAUAGCUCUACUCUCUGGUCUAGACCCUCGGCCGUUGAGCUUGGUUCUCCAUUUCUUUGCAGUGGCUAUCUAUGGAGUCAGCCGCUUAAUGCUUCCCUUACCAUCUCCUAAACGGCUGUGGACCAGUGCUAGAUUGAUUUCGGGGGCAUCAGGAAUCAUCUUUCCUAUAAUAAAGGGGGAAGGGGUUAGACAAAUGUUCUUCCCUGUAAUGGUACCAGCAUACCACAGAUCUCCUCCAAUGGCUUGACUAAUAGGAAGCAGCAUUCUAUUUUUUGUUCAUCAACAGAAAGGAAACAACAUGAUUCCAUUAAGAACUGAAACUAGCGUCCAUUCUUGUAGAAACUAUACCACUCUAGUUCUUUGAAUUGCUCUC